GAGAACUAUUGUACAAAGUAUGUAGCAAGUCCGCACUUGUGCGCUAUACGCAGCGGGUCCGUCACGACGACCCCACCUUUUGAAUAUCAUACCAUCAUUCACUGACAGCAAUCAUACAAUGAUUCAAUAUUUCUUAUUAGCCGGCCUAAAAGCGCUAGUAGCACUGACAUUCAGAGCUUCGACAAUGACCCUGUGUGGACUCUGCAAAAGAGCAGACUUUCAGUCGCUCCUUGUCGCCUGUCUUCACCAAUGCCGAGAGAGGCAGGAGGCUCAUUACGGCGGCGGGGAUGGACUCUUACCCUCGCCUGACGACUCGUUGUGGGUUAAACAAUACGACGAUAUCUUCCAGCUCAAAGAAAUGGCCAGGGGAUGCGGUCUUUGCAAGAUCAUAUUUCAGGCUUUUGAGCAAAGAGAAGACGCUAAUGUGGAAGAAGCAAGAGGUUUGCCAAUUGGCUUUCGUCCGUUUCGAAACAAGAUUGAAGUUUGUUACAAUUCGGAAGAAGGACUGAUCAAUCUAUGCGGUCUCGAUGUGUACAUGAAAGAAGCUGAUGUCAACGAGUGUUUCUGUGUUUACCAGAUCAAGGAGGACAUGUCAUCCCCAAUUCUGAAGAUGAUUGAGAAUGAUCCCAAAUCCGCAGUAUCUACUAAAGCAGUGUCCAAUUGGUUACAAAAUUGUUUAGAGAAUCAUGACUCAUGUAAUCGUUUCCCUGAAAGCCAGAACAAGCCAAAACGCUUGAUCUACGUUGGCGACGAAAGCAGAGACCCGUUUCUGGUAGACGCAGAAAACAUUAACAAGCGAAUCAAGUGGCUAUCUUUAAGCUAUUGUUGGGGAGGAGAACCUUUGGUGAAGCUUACCAAAAACACUAUGAACAUGCUUAGAAGCGGAGUACCUCUGGCAGAAUUCGACCACACGAUUCGAGACGCAAUCAUCGUGACCAGAGCUCUGGGAAUUCCGUAUAUCUGGAUAGAUUCGCUUUGUAUCAUUCAGGACUCGGGAGGAGCAGAUUGGAACGAGCAGGCUUCCAAAAUGAAUGAGAUUUAUGGGGAGUCAACAGUCACUCUCGUUGCCGCCAGCUCAGACACAGUUCAGAAGGGGUUUCUAAAAGAGCGUCCAUCACGAUAUGUCCCUAUAUCAUCGUUCAAUAUUUCAAAGACUGAAGGCACCGACACCGAUUCUUCUUUGAAGGUGUACGUAUCGUCGGAGUGGGACAAAACUGAGGAUUCCGCUGAUGGACCUUGGAGCAGCCGAGGAUGGACAAUGCAAGAAGGUUUACUACCGAAUCGACUGCUAUACUACACGUCUUCUCAAGCAAUUUGGAAAUGCUGUAAGGAGGAGAGAUUUGAGAGAGGCGUGGUGGAAAGUAUUGAAGAUAUAAUGACUUUAUCUCAUCGCUUUGCAGACGACAUGGGUGUUGCUUCCGAAUGGCUCUGGGAAUUGGAAAUAUUCACGAAGUUCAAAAAUUUCAAGGACUAUUUAACAAGAUACCCAAGCAAAUCCUUGUUAUUGGAACCGGACGUGUUUCGACUGUGGUAUGACCUGAUCGAGAAUUACUCUCCCCGAGAAUUCAAGGAUAUUGGUGAUCGCCUCGUGGCAUUGUCGGGUCUUGCUAAGGUAUUCGGCGAUACAAUAGGAUGUGAUGAAUACGUCGUUGGUCUCUGGAAACCAGAUUUGAUUCGAGGAUUGAUGUGGAACAUCGAUGGUGCAAGGCUUGUACCUCGAAGUUCCUCUAUACGUAUGCGAACUGUUAACAGUGCCAUCCCAUCUUGGAGCUGGGCUUGCGUCGGGUACGAACAUGUUGAGUUUCGUCAGAAGAGCGACAGUCGUUUUCAAGCUCUAUCACGAGUUGAGGAAAUACGGGUCGAUCUUGUUGAUCAGUGCCAACCAUUUGGCAAAGUAAGAAGUGGUAGCAUAAGCUUGACUGGCCCCUUGAAAAUACUACCAGCACUUUUCAAAACAGCGUGGAAAUCUACAGGCAAUUCGUUGUCAAAAUUAGAGCGGUAUAUCUCAGAGGUUAUCGAGGAGGAAAGCGUCGAAGGUGUUGAUUCGAGAUUCUCUUCUCCGCCCGGAGGACAUUUUGCAAUACUUCAGAUGCUCCGGCACCAGUCUACGCUGGAGUUGCUUGUGUUGGAAGCGACUGGAGAAGUCUCGGAUGGGAUCUGCAUGUAUCAUCGUGUCGGAGUACUUACGUUGCGUGACUCCCGUAGGUGGCCGGUGGCGUCGCCAGGUCUUAUCGCUCUGGGUAAAAGGACAAGAGCCUCUCUCGCUGCUCGCCUUGGCCCGAAACAUAAGCCGCCUAGGAGGUAUAGAUGCAGAGGAUUGGUUGCGGAACUAAACCAAAACCCUUGGAAUACCGAAACUAUAAGUCUAGUCUAAGUUUAGGUUACAGUGGUGCGAAAAAAAGAGAUGACGAUCAAAAUCACCCAUUACGAAUGGUUUACGCACAUAUGGAUGAUUCCACAAAGCGACGCUUCAAAUGCAACGAUUAAAGACUAUCGUGAAGUCAAUAGUGAUUCACAUUUGGUAUUUUUCUUCCUCCAGGGACGUCGCACGCAGAGCGAGUACCUACAGUACUAG